UUUGAUAGGCGGUAGAGCCUUUCACGUCACUCGAAAUCUCCAUGCAGUGCUAUUGCGCCUAAGAAACCACAGUGUCGCACGGCUGCUAUGGAUUGAUGCCAUCUGUAUCAAUCAAAAGGAUGACCAGGAGAAAUCCCACCAGAUCCAGUUGAUGCGAACAAUCUAUGGUGAAGCUUGGCGAGUCAUAGUUUGGCUUGGAGAGGAGGCGGAUCAAAGCAGCAAGGCACUCGAAGCCAUACGCAAAGCUGCGGAAGAUGCUUCUGUAGAUCUUUUGCCUCAAACCUACACCCGUGACAGGCCAGAUAGAGAAAAGUAUCUUUCUUCCUCUCUGGCGCUGGUGCAACGCCCAUGGUUUCAACGAAUUUGGGUAAGAUGCCGAAGCCCGGGAAUCGAGUUUUGAUGGGUCUUUCCUGACUAGUCUGUUCUAGGUACUCCAGGAGGUGGCUCUGGCCCGGGACAUUAUCGUUAUGUGUGGCCCUGUGGAGAUGAACGGUUACGCUUUUGUCUCGGGCUUACAAAACUUAGAGGUUCUUCGCACAGCUCACCCGAAGCUACAAGGCUUGGUGCAGUCGGCGUAUCACCUUAUUAAAGAUGCAGUCUUCCGCCCUAGUUAUCGAUUCAACACACGUGGCACACAGUCCAUAGGUGAGCUGAUUGACAUGUACCAUACGCGUCGUGCCUCCUGUCUACAUGAUAAAGUAUACGCAUUGCUCGGCAUGUGUUCCGAUGACUCCAACACGGAGGCUCUGAGACCAGAUUACCAGCUCCCAUGGAACACGGUCUUUGAGCGCGUGAUCAAGCAUAUCAUCUCGCCAGAUAUUUCCGUCCAGACGUGGCCUGACCGAGAGGCAGCAGUUAUCAGAGGCAAGGGCUAUAUGCUAGGGCUAAUAAAGUCGGUCACAACGCCUGGCUCACGAUAUGACAGACAGGAGGUUAAAGUUCUAUUCCGCGAUACAGUAGAGGCACUGUAUCAAUACAUGACUUCCGGUGUACAGUGGCUUCUCCAAACCCCGGCGGAGCCGAUUCGCCCUGGUGACAUUGUCUGCCUGCUCCAGGGAGCUUCAACUCCGACUAUUGUCAGGAUUUCGAAGGGUGGACUAAGAAUCAUCAUGAGCAGCGUGGUUCCACGGCAUAAAACUAUACAUGAUACGAGGGGGUGGGUUCCACAAGGGCCUCCUUCAGAAGCGAGCGUUCUUCACGAUCUCGUUCUUCAUUGGGAUUGGGCCCCAACAUUGGAUGGCCUGCAAGAAAAGAGUCGAGCAACAGUUCCCCGGGAGCCACACAACUUACAACCCUCGGUUUCGAGAUCUCACCAUGAGGGUUGCUUACACAAUCCCAUUGUCUUGCAUGAUAUUCUUACGAUAGCGGUUCCAUCUAAAUAUAAUGUGCUGACGUCAGAUGUAUGCGGCAUUGGCAGAGCACCAGAUGGCGCUUCAGCUAUGAAAGCCCUUUUGGAGCAAGCGGGUGCUAUCCUACCUAUCACGGAAGACAUAGUUAGGAAAGCGGCAGAUCAUAACGACCUAAGUGCUGAUUUGUUGAGAGUCCUUUUCGAGCAUAGGGGGGACGCUCUCCCAAUUACAGAACAAGUUGUUAAGGCUGCGGCGGGAAACCCUGAUGCGCUUUUUGUUAUGACGCUUCUUUUCAAUCAAAGGGGAGAUAAUCUUCCCAUCACAGAGGAUGUCGUUAAGACGGCAGCAGGUAACACUGAGUCUGGAGGUAGAAUAUUGGAGAUUCUAUUCAAGAAGAGAGGGGAUACUCUCGUUAUUACCGAAAGCAUCGUUAUAGCUGCAGCGAGUAAUCGACAAGGGGGGGCAUCGAUUAUACAGUAUCUAUUUAAGCAGAAAGGGGAGAGUCUGCCAAUAACGGACGCGGUGCUCAUAGCAGCAGCCACGAAUCCUGGCCCAGAUGCACCAAGUUCGAUAUUGGAAACUAUAUUGAAGAAUAGGAAGGGAAGGCUGCCUCUCACAGAAGGUGUUAUCAAAGCAGUGGCUGCAAAUUCCUCUUGGAUAAGAGCUUCAAUACUCUUGCAACUCAUGACACAACAGAGCGAUGAGCAACAACGCCGAGCUCUUGAUUUAUCCGCCAUGCAGCGUCUAUUUCAAAACUUGACAGAGAUAGUAUAGUUCAUAUACGUGAAUAGAAUGUAUCCACUUUGGAAAUCUAAACACAACUAACCUUUUCCAGUGUAUAUGUCGUAUCUGCAUUUCUCUCGAGCUGAAAACAUUGAAUAAAUCGGAGAUCUUGAAAACUUUCGCUGGGGCGAAAUAAUCACAGCUACUGAUAUAAGACCUCUGCGCGAGUACGGUCCAUUACCGCAUCAUUUAUAUCAUCGAUGGAACGCGUAUCGCUUCUACCAUACCACCACGCAGACUCUGCUAACUGCUGAAACUUUCUCUCCUCGUCAUCACUAACAUCUGGUACUUGCGCAGCGACCCAUUGUGGGCUCCCGUCUUCUGCAGUAAGGUGAGUAGGAGGCAGUAUCUAUCGGGCAU